AUGGCGGCCGCUUUAUGUAAAUGCCUUCGAAUAGCGACAAGUUGUCCUUUAAGAUGCUUGCAGAAUGUAAACAUGAUCACAGCAUCAUACGCAAAAGCGACUGGGAUUAAAGUGGCUAGACUGAAUCUUGAAGUGGAAAAAGAUCCACACAAACUUGUUAAUUACCUGUGUGGUGGCAACAUAUAUAAAACGGGCGAAGAAAUUCAGCUGAAGCCUGACGAGGAAUACCCAGACUGGUUGUGGGAGCUUCGUAUUGAAAGAAAGGCACCUGACCUUGAGGAACUGGAGUAUGGAUCAUACGAAUACUGGGCAAAAGCGAAAAAAAUUUCUCUGAGAGAAAAAAAUGCUAAACAAAAAUUGCAAGCUAAAAGACAAGUAAAGAGAUUUAUGUGAAGAGGAACUUUUCAUCUUUCUAAUGACUGUAGUAAUGAAUGUGAUAGGUUUGAUUCUAUCAAUUUGGAAUGAUGUACAAUUGCAUAUGAAAUGUUUGACAAAAUGAA